AUGUCUUCAAUACAUAAAGGCCGCCCACUUCCAGCCUCCUCCAUCCAAAAUUCUCUCUCGCGCCUUGCACCACCACCUUCGUCUAACGACUCGUACACCGGCACCUUCCACACAUUCAUCGUCAUCCCGACUUCACACAAGAUGCCUCCAAAGAAAGCUGCGGCUCCUGUCGAGGGCGGCGCCAUGACACUCACACCUGCCAUGAUCGCUACCCUCCAUGGUGUCCUCACAAACAUGACCGACUUCACACCCGACUGGAACAAGAUCAAGGCCGACACUGGCAAGCAAAAUCCGCGUCGCGACUUUGCAGAGCUCGCUAAGAAGAUGGGUCUCCUGUUCGCCAAUGGCACGUUCACCAAGAUCGAAGACGCCGCUGCCCCUGCUGCUCCGCCUGUCAAGAAAGCUGCUGCAACCAAGAAGGCUCCCGUUGCCAAGUCCGAAGAUACCGAUGCUGAUGCUGCUGCCCCUGUCAAGAACCCUGCAGCGACCAAGAAGGCUCCUGCUGAGAAGAAGAUUGUGGCUCCCAAGAAGGCUCCAGCUACCAAGAAGAAGGCCGGUGAAACUACUGGACCUCCGGCGAAGAAGCGCAAGACCGACGCCAAGGUCAAGGCCGAAGAGAGCUCUGAGGACGAGGCAAAGGAGGGAUCGGGCAAGGAGGAGAGCAGCGAGGGCGACGAGGGUGGCGAGAAUUCUCCGAGUGCAGAUGAGGACGAAUGA